UUUCUGUUGUAUGUAUAUCUACAGGGGAUGUAAAACCAGGGAUAACAUUUGAAAUGGUAGAUUGCAGCAAUAGACGUAUGUGCCUAGGGUUAAUCUUUGCAGGAGGAAAUCCCUGUGUAGUCCUGUCAUGGUAACACCUUAGUUAAAUGUUGCUUUAAGGAGUAAGCCUGUUGGGCUGGUCCUGGUUGUGUUUGCACUUAGGAUGAAGCUGCUGGCUUUUAUCAUCAGAAUGCUGGAACUCUGGAGCUGCUUGUUUCUUGUAGGACUGCAGUUUUUAUGCAGUAACUGGAGCGGAUUGCAGUUUAGAUGCUGUAACAGAGGGAAAUGAAUGUUCUAGCCGCAAGCUGUUCUCUGUAGUUGUUCUGGGCUGGUUCUGAUCCAUGUUCAAUAUAAUUUAUCUUAUUUAUCAAUGCCCAUUGUUCCCUGGAGGUUGAGUGAUUUAGUGCGAGGUAUGUAAAACAACCCUCAGUUUAAUGCUUACUACAAUCUACAUGGGGGCCUUUUAAAACUCGUCACACCAACCAAAUCCUGCAUAGUAUGGCUCUUAAUACGACUGUUUUGGGUACAGCUUCCAGUGAUUAACCAUAAAGAGACAGAGACAGUAGCACUAACAUAGACCCAGUAAUGUGCUAUGAAAGUACAUCAUGGAAUAUUUACUGAAAGCUUUCAAACCCUGAAAAUUAACUUAAAAUAUUUUGUUUCGUAUUAUGGUUUGCACGUUUAAUUUCCUGGUGCUUUCCACUUCACUAUUCAGGUUUGCUCCCUGCCUAGUAGUGAAUGUGUUAACAUUUUCUCCGCCUACUCUGACACUGACAGGAAGCUUUUGGCAAAUGAUGAGAUCACUCUUCAGGCUUUGCUAAGCAGUGUUAUACGAGAUUUAGCCACAUUAUCAGCAGCGGUUGCUUUACCUCUGACUUUUAAGCCUGCAGUUCUCUCCCACAGACUUGCUAUGCAGUUGGUUGGUUCUAGCACUGGUUAUUUUUCUUUCUUAAAAUAAGAUAAUUUUGCUUCUAAAAAAAACCCCAAAAAAACCCAUUUUAUCUCUAAAAUGUCUGGCCGUGAACCAAGUGUGCACACCUACAGGGUUUAUUAUGCUCAGUAAGCACUUUGUUUUUAUUUGAAACAAAAGGACUCCGUAAGAGGGUUAGCAGUUAAAAAAAAAAAAAAAAAAAAAAAAAAAAAAAAAAGCCUUGCUGAUUUAGUUAGAUUUUUAGAUGACAAAUUUAAGAAUUUGGUGCUUUGGCGCAGAGAAUCUGUUUUGUGAAAAUAGCAUUCGGUUAAGCACAGUUCCUGGAAGCUGGGCGGGGGUUGGAAUGGGCUAUCGUUUUUCUAUUGACAGAAAUAUAAUCCAUGCAUCCUCCUUUCUUCCCUCCCUUCUCUUCUGCUAAUGGGGGGAUAUAAAUGUUUUAGUAGGCUUGAUGAGUUGGUUCCAGCACCCUCCCUUCAUGAGCUGAUUAAUUGUUAUGGUUCCACCUCCACCCUCUCCACACUGGAUCUGUGCGUGGACUUGAUGCUGAAAGCUCAUCUCUUGAUGCUGCCUGAUGUUCGUUUUAUUCUUCCCCUUGUCUAAAGAACUCUAAAUGAAGAACUGCUUUUAAGUCCAGCAUUUUUGAACCAAUGAGUUUACCUUACAGGGACACUUUAAUAUAUUCCUGAUGUUGGUUCAUAACCAAGUUAUUUCUGUUUGUAACCCUGCUACUGAUGAUGGAAUUUCUGGUCUGGACCAACCAGUGGACCUUUUAACACAGACCCGUGCCAAACACAUGCCAAGCACUGUUGAUGUGAGUGCUCCACUGCCGCUGCAAGUGGCCCCCAGUGUUCUACCCAUGGACCUGCGGCUAGACCCCCAAUAUUCAAUUUCGGCACAGGAGCCCAGUGGGAGGGAGCAACAGCUGCAGCAAGAGCUCCUGGUCUUGAAGCAGAAGCAGCAGAUCCAAAGGCAGCUUUUGAUUGCUGAGUUUCAAAGACAGCAUGAACAGCUGUCCCGCCAGCAUGAAGCUCAGCUCCAUGAGCAUAUAAAGCAGCAACAAGAGCUCCUGGCUAUGAAACAUCAGCAGGAGCUUCUGGAACACCAGAGAAAGCUGGAGCAGCACCGACAAGAGCAGGAGAUGGAGAAACAGCAACGAGAACAGAAAUUACUGCUGUUAAAGAACAAGGAAAAAGGAAAAGAAAGCGCUGUGGCAAGCACUGAGGUCAAAAUGAAAUUACAAGAGUUUGUGUUGAAUAAGAAGAAAGCUUUAGCUCACAGGAGCUUAAAUCAUUGCAUGUCCAGUGAUCCUCGGCUCUGGAAAACUCAGCAUAGCUCUCUUGACCAGAGUCCUCCACCACAGGGUGUUGUGUCCGCCUCAUAUCACCAAGCUGUCCUUGGAAUGUACGACUCUAAGGAUGACUUCCCUUUGAGAAAAACAGCAUCUGAGCCUAAUCUGAAGUUGCGCUCAAGGCUGAAACAGAAAGUUGCUGAGAGGAGGAGUAGCCCUCUACUACGGAGGAAAGAUGGUCCUGGUGUCACUACCUUGAAAAAACGUCCUUUAGAUGUAUCUGAUUCUGUAUGUAACAGUGCUCCAGGCUCUGGUCCCAGUUCUCCCAAUAAUAGUUCAAGCAACAUCAGUUCAGAAAAUGGAAUAGCUGGUCCUUUAGGAAUCCAGACAGAGGCUUCACUGGCUCACAGACUUUUGAACAGGGAGAAUUCAGUAACACAGCUCCCUCUAUACACAUCACCAUCUUUACCCAAUAUUACCCUAGGACUGCCUGCAAGUGGUUCUACCAACGGUGCAUCAGGACAAGAGAAUGAAUGCCUUCCUCUGCCUGCACUACAACAACGCCUUUCCCUCUUUCCAGCUGCUCACCUCUCUUCUUACCUUGGACCUGAGGCCACAAACUCUCAUAAUCAACUUUUACAGCAUAUGGUACUACUAGAACAGCCUGGUGCACAGAGUUCUUUAAUAUCGGGUUUGGGGACCCUGCCACUUCACUCUCAGUCUCUUGUGUCACCUGAUCGUGUAUCCCCCACAAUGCACAAGUUACGUCAGCACCGUCCUUUAGGCCGUACUCAGUCUGCUCCACUUCCACAGAAUUCACAUGCUCUGCAACACCUGGUCAUCCAACAACAGCACCAGCAAUUCCUGGAAAAGCACAAACAGCAAUUUCAACAGCAGCAGCUUCACCUAAACAAGAUGAUUCCUAAAGUGAAUGAAGCCUCACGGCAGCAUGAGAGCCACCCUGAGGAGACUGAGGAGGAGUUACGUGAGCAUCAGGCGCUGCAUGAAGAAACUUAUGUAGAGCGUUUAGCUGAACAGAAGGAACUAAGCCCUGGCAAUGUGGUGCAUGUGAAGCAGGAAAAAGAGGAAAGCGAUGAUGAAGAAAAUACACUGGAUUUGGAACGGAGUAAAAUGCAGUCUGACCCAGACCUGCUGUUCAGACAGCAAACAUUAUUACUGGAGCAACAGCGCAUUCAUCAACUGAGAAACUAUCAGGCUUCCCUAGAGGCUGCAGGCUUAGUUGCACCAUUCAGUGGGCAUCGGCCUCUCUCGAGAGCGCAGUCCUCACCUGCCUCUGCAUCCUUUCCCAUGUCUGUACAGGAGGUCCCCAGUAAACCCAGGUUCACCACAGGCCUUGUGUAUGAUACAUUGAUGUUAAAACACCAGUGCAUAUGUGGAAACACAAACAGUCAUCCUGAGCAUGCUGGCAGAAUACAAAGCAUUUGGUCAAGGCUUCAAGAAACAGGCUUACGAAGCAUGUGUGAGUGUAUUCGGGGGAGAAAGGCAACACUGGAAGAACUACAGACUGUGCAUUCUGAGGCUCAUACUCUCUUAUAUGGCACCAAUCCCUUGAACCGUCAAAAGCUUGAAGGUUCUUUGGCUUCUCUCUUCGUCCGUCUCUCAUGUGGCGGGGUUGGGGUUGAUAGUGACACGAUUUGGAAUGAAGUACACUCUUCCGGGGCUGCCCGUCUUGCAGUUGGUUGUGUAGUUGAACUGGCUUCCAAUGUGGUUACUGGAGAGCUGAAGAAUGGCUUUGCUGUGGUUCGUCCUCCUGGCCACCAUGCAGAAGAAAGCACACCUAUGGGGUUCUGUUACUUCAACUCUGUAGCAAUAGCUGCCAAAGUUCUCCAGCAACGAUUAAAUGUCGAGAAGACGCUGAUUGUGGACUGGGAUGUUCACCAUGGGAAUGGUACCCAACAGGCAUUUUACAGUGAUCCAAACGUCCUUUAUAUAUCACUUCAUCGCUAUGAUGAUGGUAACUUUUUUCCAGGGAGCGGAGCCCCAGAUGAGGUUGGAACAGGUGCUGGUGUGGGUUUCAAUGUGAACAUGGCUUUUACUGGUGGUCUGGACCCUCCCAUGGGUGAUGCAGAAUAUCUGGCAGCUUUCAGGACAGUUGUGAUGCCAAUAGCUGCUAAGUUUUCUCCAGAUGUGGUUUUGGUGUCUGCUGGGUUUGAUGCAGGAGAAGGACACCCAUCUCCGCUUGGUGGUUACAGAGUCUCAGCUAAAUGUUUUGGGUACCUGACAAAGCAACUUAUGGAAAUAGCUGGAGGGCGUAUUGUACUAGCUCUUGAAGGAGGCCAUGAUUUAACAGCUAUUUGUGAUGCCUCGGAAGCCUGUGUGUCCGCCCUGCUGGGAAAUAAGCUGGAACCACUUCCUGAAUCUGUAUUGCAGCAGAGACCAAACAUCAAUGCAGUCAGGUCAAUGGAAAAAGUUAUUCAGAUCCAAAGUGAAUACUGGCCUUGUUUGCAUAUAAGUUCCUCAACUGUGUCCUACUCACUUAUUGAAGCUCAAAAGUGUGAGAAUGAGGAGGCAGAGACUGUGACAGCAAUGGCAUCCCUGUCUGUAGAUGUUCGUCAGGAACAAAGGACUGAGGAUGAGCCAAUGGAUGAAGAACCUCCUCUGUAGCAGCAUCUGGCAACUGUCAGUUGUGUAAUUCCACGUCUUUGAUGGGGGGUGUAUUCUCCGCUUUCUCUGCUUGCACUCGGUCCGCAGAAAGACGAGCAGUGAUCUGGAUGUAAAGAACCUUGUGUACAUCACAUCCACAGAACCACAAAUUGUGGCGCAGCGGCAUGCACAGCCAUGCUGUGCCACCACUUUCUGAGGGGGCAUGCCUCCCUUAGGAGCCUCUGGCAGCUCUUGCCAAAAAUAUUUUGUUACUUUACUUGGUUUUUUUAACAAUUACUAAUUCAAAGAAACACAAGGAAAAAGACCUCCUUUGGGGUCCUACAUACUGUUUGGUGCUUUAAAAUUCUGCAUUCUUCACAUGAAUUCUGUGAGCGCUGGAAUGGUGCACUGGAUGGCCGUGCUCUCUGGACAGUUGUUCAAACCACUUGGUUUAUCAUUCUUGAACAUUUCUCCUAAGGGAAGGAGUAAGGAUGGGAUGAAGAGAUAUUCUGGAAUGUUAUUAGUGUCAGGAACGUAUGACUGACUUAAUCUGAAAGAAGGAAGGAUUGUGCCUUGUUCAUGGAUGGGACACGUUUUUGUUUCCAUUUAAAUGGUUCCCUUUUAUUAAGUUCUGAUAAGUUGAAGGACUUGCCUUAAACCUAAACACCUGCACACCCACAGAAUUGUGUGGGGCAUUUCACACAACCGGUGUCUCCUGCCAUUGACACAGUGCUGUAAGGUGGAGUGAUGGUAUCAUACGGCAGUCAUCACCCUUGUUUUGUUUUUAAUUUCUGAGUUCUGCAUGUUGUAUCUGUACGAUAACCAGACUGUCUGCUCCACUCAAGUUUGUGCUCACAAAACAAAAACUUAACCUACAAGUUCUUUUGUAGGUGCAUUUCUACAUUGUGGAGCUCGGAUCUCUGGCCUCUUACUGCGCGGGAAGCAUGUACUGGCCUGUGCAACCUUUUUAAGGGGCUCAAUUUGUUUUUGUUUUAGGUUUUUUUAACUACAUUUUGUAUAACAUUUUUUUGAGCAAGAUCAUUAACAGGCAAACAGAUCAUUUCCAGUUCCCAUUUCAUUUUUUAAUUUUUCACUCAAAGGUUUAUAUAUGUAUUUUUUUUUUUUAAAGGAACUUGUUUUUCUUGUGAUAACUAAGAUUUCCUGUUUUUAUACUGAAUUGUUUUCCCCCUUGAGAUUUUUUUUAAAGCUUUUUUUUCCUUAGAUCUUGUUACAUACAUUACAUACAACAUGUAUAUGAUCUAUAGGGAACGAUAGCAGUGGAGGUUUUCAGUUAGAGAAGUAGGAAGGGUCACAGCAGAAGUUUGUAAGUAUUCUUGUGAAAGUGAAGCAGGACCCAUUCAUUCAAGUUUUAAUAGGUCAUAAAAAGGCAUUGAAAACUUUUGGUUUUUUUCUUUAAACGAGACCAACAAUGUACUGUAUGUGAGCC